CGGUCGAACCAAAGAAAGUUAAAUUGAGUUUUAGAUAGCCCCAUGUUUUAAAAUAUUAUUCAACAUGACCCAGCGUGAGAAAAGUAGACCCACCGGGUUUUUGAAAGUGUAUCUUGCGCUUUAUAAUUCAGCACAGUUCACCGGCUGGACGUACAUUCUCAUCCAAUUUUUGGCCCACUUCUUCGUCCACGGACAGACGCUCGAUACACUAUGGAGUCAGGUCGGGAAGACGACUUACUUUUUUCAAAUGCUGGCCACACUAGAGGUUGUGCAUGCCAUCGUUGGCAUCGUUCCUAGCAACGUAGCAAUCACCUUUCUUCAGACAUUCGGGCGCUGCAUGGUCGUGGCUGGUGCAAUCGAUGGAUCCCCGACCGGGCAACGGUCUCCGGGACUGCCGUUGUCACUGUUCUGCUGGAGCCUAACCGAAAGCGUGCGCUACAGCUACUACGUAGCCCAUUUGCUGUUGGACAACGUACCCACCCUUCUGGUGUGGCUUCGCUACACCAUCUUCAUCCCACUGUACCCGUGCGGAUUUUUGGGCGAACUGCUGUGUGGCUACUGGGCGCAGAGUUAUUUUGCGGAAACCGGCAAGUGGAGCCUUGGGCUACCGAAUAGAUUCAAUUUUACCUUCUCGUUCUACUACUUUGUCUGGAUUAUGAUGGUCGGCUAUCUGCCGAUGUUCCCGCAGAUGUAUCUGCAUAUGUUUUCCCAGCGGCGAAAGGUUCUCGGACGAGGCAAUGCACCGAAGGCGAGCAAAUCAAACUGACGACUGA